GUGGAGGCCGGCCCAAAACCGUCGAACCCCGAUUCUGCAAAGAAGAAGAAGGCUGGGAGGAGGAGCAGGAGGCCGAGGACCCGGGCUCCUCCGACUGGUGGCCGCCCUUUCAGCGGCAACCGCGGCCGCCACCAGGUCCUCCGCCAGAUCGAUGGGCAAGCUGGGACGAUGGAGACUGCGAGCCAGUGUCCGCACCGUCCACACCCAGUCUGGCUUCCCAAAGCACUUCAGCGACGAGCCUGCCGGCCGCCAAGCCUGAGCUGGGCGACAGCUCCUCUUCGAGCGAGGAUGAGCUAGGGCAGUACCUGGCCAUCCUGAACAAGGGGCCCCCGAAGCCCAAGAAGAUGCCGAAGCCGAAGCAGAGGCCGCCGGUCUCGGGCGCCUCUGUGGCCACUUCGAAGUAUCCGCCACCGAAAAGAGGCCCAACUCCUAUGGCGCCUCCAGAUGCUCCGGAG